AUGGGGGAUAUCCUGCCACCUGCAUGUAUUGAAGUAUCCCCCAUAGGGAGUUUCUGGCCAACUGAAAAAAUUCUAAAUUCUGAGCUCCCCCGUCUUGUCUUUCAAAUUAGCUUCACCGUAUUACUGUCUGAACUUUUCUUCCUUGUCUUAAAACCCCUCAAUCAAUCUCGUCUUCUUCCACAGAUCAUUUCAGGUUUCGUAUUGACUCGACCAUUACUAGGGAGAUACUCACGCUUAUUUGAGUUAGCUUUUCCUGUGGAAGGGGUCCUUAAUAUUGAAGUGGUGGCACACUUUGGUCUCAUCUACUAUGCAUUCCUCAAUGGUUUGGAGAUGAACUUAGAUACCAUUCUAAAAGUAAGAAAGAAGGCUGCAAGCAUAGCCAUUGCGGGGAUCAUCUUUCCAAUGGUGAUGGCACCGGGUUUAUAUGCUAUACAUCGAAAAUUUUAUGUCAGUAGUGAUGGAAAUAGGCUUGAAGAAAGUACAAAAAAUGCUUAUUUACUUUGGACAUUAGUUCUCACGGUUACAGGUUUUCCAGUCCUAGCACACACCCUUUCUGAGCUAAAGCUCCUUUAUACUGGUCUUGGCAAAUCCGCUUUAACAGCUGCAAUGGUUAGCGACACAUUUGGUUGGGUUCUUUUCACAUUAUGUUUUCCAUUUGCAAUUAAUGGUGAAAGAGCUAUCUACUCAGUGCUGAGCACCAUAUUUUUCAUUGCUAUCUGCAUCUUUGUGUUACGUCCCAUCAUUGUAAGGUUUAUUGAUCGCAGGACAGAGAAGGAUGAGUGGGAUUAUGAUCAAUUACUGUUUGUGGUGAUGGGGGUUUUAGCUUGUUCAUAUAUUACAGAUCUUCUUGGCACACAUGCCAUUGUUGGGGCUUUUGUGUUUGGAUUAAUUUUACCUCAUGGGAAAUUUUCCGACUUGGUAAUGUCAAUUUCAGAUGAUUUUGGUAAUGGGAUUAUGGCACCGUGCUUCUUUAGUGGCACUGGAAUGAGAUUUUUCCCAAAGCUCAUUUUCAACCAGGCACACUGGCCCUUGACACUGCUGGUUGUGUUCUUGUUAUUUAUUCCAAAGAUUUUAAGCACUUUGUUUACCAGUUUCUUCUAUGGUAUGCGCGUUCGAGAAGCUUUAGCCUUGGGAUUGCUUCAGAAUACCAAGGGCGCCAUGGCAUUCAUAAUGCUAAACAUUGCUUGGGAUAGAAUGAUUUUUUUUGCACCAACCUUUGCUGUUGUUACCUCUGCCGUUCUUCUCAUGACAUUAGUAGUGUCCCCGGUCAUCAAUGCCAUGUACAAGCCGAGAAAGAGAUUUGAUCAAAUCAAGCUGAAGACUAUACAAAAGUUAAGAGAUGAUGCAGAGCUCCGAAUUCUAACAUGCGUUCACAAUGCUCGCCAUGCCACCGGCAUGAUGAGCAUCAUUGAAUCUUUUAAUGCAACAAGACUUUCCCCUAUACAUGUUUUUGCACUGUACCUUGUUGAACUUACAGGGCGUGGUGCUGCUCUUGUUGCUGCCCACAUAGAGAAGCCUAGUAACUAUCAGGGAGAUCAAAAUCUGACAAGAACACAAGCAGAGUUAGAAAGCAUCAGCAAUGUGUGUGAAGCAUUUGAACAGCAACACGAUGCUGUGAGAGUUGAGACCUCAAAUGUUGUGUCAACCUAUGAAACCAUUCAUGAGGACAUAUACAACUUAGCAAAAGAGAAUGGUACAAGCUUAAUUCUUCUUCCAUUCCACAAACAUUUAAAUACAGAAGGUGUGCUUGAAACAACAAGUUACAGUGUUGUAUACAAAGAUAUAAACCAAAAUGUAAUGCAAGGUGCACCUUGUUCUGUGGGAAUCUUUGUUGAUCGUGAUCUUGGGUCAGUCUCCAAAAUGAACAUGCGGAUUAUUAUGAUCUUUGUUGGAGGGCCUGACGAUCGUGAAGCCUUAGCUGUUGCAUGGAGGAUGGCAGCGCAUACAGGAAUCAGACUCUUAGUGGUUCGUAUUCUUUUGUUUGAUGAUGCUGCAGAAAUAGACACUAUGAUUCAAGAUGAUGCAACGGGGAUAUUAUCUUCUGUAAUGGAUAGUGACACGCAGAAAGAGAUAGAUGAUGAAUAUAUAAAUUCAUUUAGACUUACGGCAGUGAACAACUAUGAUUCUAUAUCCUACUCAGAGGUUGAUGUCCAUAGGGGUGAAGAUAUUCCCACAGUCCUCAAUGAGAUAGAAAAAAUUGGCUGUGAUUUAUACAUAGUUGGACAAGGGAAUUGUAGGAACCUUCGGGUCUUCUCAAAUUUAUUGGAAUGGUGUGAUUGCUUAGAGCUUGGAGUUCUAGGGGAUAUUGUGGCCUCUGACAAUUUUGGUUCGCGCUCAUCUUUGCUAGUUGUGCAACAAUAUGGGUAUGGAGGAAUGAAUUUUGCAAAACUUCAGAGCAACAAGGCCGCUAAUAAAGAUGGUUUUCAGCAUAUUGUUGUAAGGACUGAAUAUCAGUUUUGA